UACAGGCCAUCCUCCCUUUUUCCAGUUCCCUUUCUACCCCUUUUUAAGCUACCUGUACACGUACUAAUUCUAUAAUCUACACUUCUACAGAUACAGUGGUUUGAACGAAUGAGUGAAGGUAUACUCGGGGUAAUUUUCUUGAGGCUAGGGCUGUGUGGCUGCUAAAGCCAAACAAGGCAAUAAAAGCAAGCUUAGUUAGGUACGGGAGUAGAAAAAAAAAAGCAAGGUGAGACUAAAAAAAAAAAAUCUGCUGCUACUACCCUAAUCCCCCUUUGGUGUUAUAUCCUCGAGCCCCCCAGUAGACGCUGCCUGCUCCUGCUCUCUCCUCCGCCUGAUUCCUCAUUCCUCCAACCAGUGGUGUGUGCUUGCUGCUGCUGCUGCUUCAGUUCUCGAGUAGUACUCCAGUACAGACAAGGCGAGUGGUGGUGGUGUUUGUUGCCAUGGAGUCGCAGCAGGAGAAGGCGGUUUCUGCGCCGGCGGCGAACGGGAGCGGCGGCGCCGGCGGCGGCGAGCUGAUCGGGUACGUCGACGUGCACGUGCAGAGCGCGCGGGACAUCCAGAACAUCUGCAUCUACCACAAGCAGGACGUGUACGCGCGGCUGUCGCUGCCGGGGGAGGGGGCGCCGGCGGCGUCGACGCAGGUCAUCAACGGCGGGGGGCGCAACCCGGUGUUCGACCAGUCGCUGCGCCUGGGCGUGCGCGCCGGGGACGUCGACGGCGCGCUCCGGUGCGAGGUGUGGAUGCUGAGCCGGGUCAAGAACUACCUGCAGGACCAGCUGCUGGGGUUCGCGCUCGUGCCGCUCCCGGACGUCGUCGCCGCCGAGGGCGGCACGCUCGCCCGCGAGUUCCCGCUCUCCACCAACGACAUCUUCCACUCCCACGCCGGGUUCCUGCAGCUCGAGCUGUCCUACAUCGGGGUCGUGCCUGAGGUCGUGCCCAUCUCGCCGACGCCCAAGCCGGCCCUGGCCGACGCGGAGGAGCACCGCGCCGGCGGCGCGGCGAACGGUAAGGAGUACGAGAAGAUCGAGUUCCCCGAUCUGAAUCUCGUGGAGGAGAACCAGAUCAUGCUGUCGGAGUACAUCGGGCUGCCGUGCUCCGCCGUGGAGCCGCAGAGCUCCGAGAGCCUCCUGACCUCGGAGGAGGACGGCGACGGCGCCACCGCCGAGACCCACGUCGCCGGCGUGCGCGUCGUGCAGAGCUUCUCGACGGACAACAGCACCGCCGACUCGGCCGGCACCUUCCGGAGCGACACCCCGGUCAGCAGCGUGUCCACCACGGAGUCCCCCGCCGCCGCCGCGGUCCCGGCCACCCCGCAGUCCAACUCCUCCGGCAAUGCCGUCUCGUCGGCGGAGCAGAAGGAGAAGGCCGCCUCCGACGCCGCCGACGCGGAGGUGGAGUCCUCCCGCACCGUGCAGAGCAGCGCCAGCCCGGCGGCGAACUCCCCCGGCGCCAUGUCCGAGAGCGCGGUGGAUAAGCCGCCGGUCAUCCGCGUCAACCUCGAGCAGGAGGUCAAGGUCGACCAGAAGGAGAUCAUGGACAUGUACAUGAAGAGCAUGCAGCAGUUCACGGAGUCCCUCGCCAAGAUGAAGCUCCCGCUGGACCUGGACAACGGCAGCGACAAGAGCGCGGCCGUCUCCGGCGCCGGCGCCGCCGCUUCCGACGCGGACUCCAGCGGCGCCGACUCGGGCGCGGCGGCCGCGGCGGCGGCGAAGAAGCCGAUGGCCGGUGGGCCGGAGAAAUCUCCCAAAGUAUUCUACGGAAGCCGUGCUUUCUUCUGAAGCAAAGAGAUGGGGCAUUUGCAGCCGUCGGAUCUCAGCUGAAACUUACUACUAGUUCAGAGGAAUAACACGUUCUCCUCCUCCUGCUCCUGCUGCUGCUGUUCUUGUUCUAGGCUUGUCAUCAGAUCUCGCAAGACGAGCAAACUAGCUGCUCUGUUUUAAUAUAUCAGUACUCUUAAUGAAAAAAAUGGUUUGGUUUCUUCGUUC